AUGAAGAAGAAGAAGAAGAAGGCGCAGACGAAGAAGAAUGGUCGGGAGAUGGGACUUGUAACCCUUAAUAUCAUAUCACACCUCUCAACCUCUUCACCAUCCCAUCAUUCGCACGCUCACUCUUCCUUCGGACGCCAUGACGAGGAGGUUCGGGACGUCAGGGUUUCGGUUUGGUGGGACUUUGAAAACUGCAAUUUGCCGGCUGGUGUAAACGUCUUCAAGGUAGCGAAUGCAAUCACUGCGGCGAUCAGGGCCAAUGGGAUCAAAGGUCCUAUCAAGAUUACGGCUUUCGGGGACAUGUUGCAGCUAUCAAGGUUCAACCAGGAGGCAUUGUCGUCCACCGUCAAUCUGACGCCCGUUCCUCACGGUGUAAAAAACAGUGCUGAUAGGUCUCUUCUUGUAGAUCUUAUGUAUUGGGUUUCUCAAAAUCCCCCACCAGCACACCUUUUUUUAAUUUCUGGUGACAGGGAUUUUGCUAGCGUUUUACACCGGUUAAGAAUGAACAACUAAUUGCUAGCAAGUCCAGAAAAUGCUCCUGGUGUACUCUGCAGUGCUGCAAGUAUUAUGUGACCAUGGCAUGCUCUGCUUACAGGUGAAACCCUUGCUGGGAAGUAUUAUAACCAACCACCCUAUGGUCCCUAUGGUUCUUGGUAUGGCUAUUAUGGUUCUUGGUAUGGCUAUUACAAGGCUCCGUACUCAAUUAUUGAGCAGCAGGCACUGUCACAGGCUGAAAAGUUGUGUGCCUCUGGUUCAGAUUCUAAGCCUCGUCCAAUUCCUUUUGCAGUCAUGAAGCAAAUUAAUAAGAUAUUGAGGUCACAUCCCAAAGGAAUGCCAAUUACAGAACUUCGCUCGGAGCUUGCAAAAUUUAAUUUUAUAGAUAGAGAUUUCUACAGAUAUAAAAAGUUUUCCCACUUUCUUUUAGCAAUUCCACAUAUUUUAAAGCUCAAAUCUUUAGGUGAUGGAAACUUUCUUGUACAUGGCAUAUCUACAGAACCUGUUAGUGAUAAUGGAGACCGGGAUCUCAAUUUAGCUUCACAGUUAGAUUGUGAGGACAGAUGUAUUAAUGUAAGUGUGAAUAGGAAGCUGUCUGUAGCUACAUCCCAUGAACCAAAUGUGGAAGAGCCUUGUGAAAAAUUAGAACAUCCUUCUAAUGGUUCUUUUACUAGAGAUUCAGAUGGGAAGUCACAGUUGCCUCUUUCCCCAGAGAAUGUGAAGUCUUCAACCAAGCCACAACAGCUUUCUCCCCUUGAUGAAGAGUCAAUAUCCCCUUCUUCCGCUGAGAAUAUAAAGUGUUUGACCAAACCACAACAAACUUCUCCCCUUGAUGAGAAUUCGCUUUCCCUCCUUCCUCAAAGAAUGUGAAGACUUGGGCACCCAUUGAUGAAAAGGUUGUUGACUGCAUUUUCCUCCGGAAGUUGCACAAGAUUCUCCAUCUGAGGUGGGCUAUUUUAAGAGGAUUUGGAGAAAUUGGUUUGGUGGUAGAGAUAAUGUUUCAGGGACUACAAGUCACAAUGAUCAUGAAGAAUUCUGCACGUCUGGUGAUGAUACUGAGAACAAAGGCCCUGACUCUCAGGUGAAACAGCAUACUUGUGUUGAUAAUGCUGUAAGGUAAAAAAAUGAGAAAGAGUUAUGUGGCAUCAAUAAUAAGUGAGGUUGUUGAUCAAGCACCUCCAGCUUCAUCUUCAUCAUCCCAUGAUGAAUCAGCUAAGGAAAACAAAACUGCAACAACUUAUCUGGCGUCCGGUAGUAAGUCUGAAACAAGUCCAGGGAUAUUUGAUCAUAUAAUAAGUUGGUGUAAAUUCGGGAGAAGUAGCCCAUGCUCUGAUAAAUUGAGCGAUCAAUCCUGUGAUGCUGAACCUGAUGAACGAUCACUCUCAAGUGCACAAGCUCUUUUCAACAGAUUCCUUUUGGGCUGACAUGGAAUCUUUUAUGGACACACCUAAAGGAUCAGUUAUGUCUUCAAAUCAAAUACCAGGGAACAAAUGGCACUCAACCUUCCAAAGGAAGGACGUUUGUCUCUUAGAUCUCUCCGCAACGAUGAUCUUCACUUGGUUGACUUUUUAAUACCAGAAAAGAACCGGGUCGAAGAAUUCCCCUCCCAGAUGUCACCUUUCAAACUUGCUGAUAGCGGUGGAAAGAGGUCUUUGGAUCAGUCUAAGGGUUCAAAUAAGUUGGGAUCCAUUUUUUUGAGUAACCAAUCGCAACAUGACAUGCAGUCACAGGAGCAUGUCUAGAAGUGAGAUACUAGCCGACUGUCGAAAGCUUGUAAAUGAGAUACUGAAAUAGUACCCAGCGGGAUAUAACAUGGGCUUAUUCAGAAAAUUGUUCUUUGAUAGGUAUAGCUACCACCUCGAUUUGUAUAUUCUUGGGUAACAAAAGUUGGCAACCCCUUCUCUCACAUGCUCGGAACAGAAGGCUCAGAAAAUGUUUGAUAUGGAAACCUCCGUUUGAUGUGAAA